AAGGAAAAGGGGCUGAGGCUGGGGCUGGCUCUGAUGCAGCCCCGCCGCCCUGGACCAUGGUCUGCGGGAGCAGGCGGAGGCUCGGCGGCGUGUUGGCUUUCCUGGGAGCUGCGGCGGGGCUCCGAGCGGGUGCAACACGGCCAGGAGCUGGCUUCCUUCACACCAACUCUGAUCUGAGAGAGUCUAAGCUAGUCACACAGACCAACAUGAAGGUGGAGCUGCUUCCGGCCCUCACGGACAACUACAUGUAUCUCAUCAUCGAUGAGGAAACCAAAGAGGCAGCGAUUGUUGACCCUGUGCAACCCCAGAAGGUUGUGGAAGUGGUCAGAAAGCAUGGCGUGAAGCUGACUACGGUUCUAACCACCCAUCACCAUUGGGACCAUGCCGGGGGUAACGAGAAGCUUGUGAAGAUGGAGUCUGGGUUAAGAGUGUAUGGGGGAGACAACCGAGUGGGAGCCUUGACACAGAAAGUGUCUCACUCUACAUCAUUUCAGGUGGGAUCUCUUCAUGUGAAAUGCCUCUAUACGCCAUGUCACACUUCUGGACACAUCUGUUAUUAUGUGACUAAACCAAAUAGUUCUGAGUCUCCUGCCGUCUUUACAGGUGACACGCUGUUCGUGGCUGGCUGUGGGAAAUUCUUCGAGGGAACCCCAGAGGAAAUGUACAAAGCACUGAUAGAGAUUUUAGGCCGCCUGGACCCUGAAACGAGAGUUUACUGUGGUCACGAAUACACUAUCAACAACCUAAAAUUUGCCCGUCACGUUGAACCCAAUAACACUGCCAUCCAACAAAAACUAGCCUGGGCUAAGGCAAAAUAUGACAGUGGUGAACCAACUAUCCCGUCUACUAUUGCAGAAGAGUUUACUUACAACCCCUUCAUGCGAGUGAGAGAGAAGACAGUCCAGCAGCAUGCUGGGGAAACCGAUCCAAUUCGAACAAUGGGAGCCAUCAGAAAAGAGAAGGAUAACUUCAGGGUACCAAAAGACUGAGUACUUUGCCUGAAACACUUGCCUGUCAGUUUUAUCAUGUUUUAGGAACUAGAAGUUUCAUUGUUCUGUUGUGGUGGAGACACAUUCACAGUUAGGUUUUUUUUAAACUGUCUUAAGGGGGGGUGGGGAAAAAAGCACUUUGCUCUUGUUGAGAUGUUCUAUGGCAUAUUUAUAAGAUGUUAAAGAAUAUUUAUUCCUGGCUUUCAAACUGUCAGAUGCAGUGAGGUUUUGCAUGAAUCCUUACACAGGUUCAGUAUGUGGUGGUGGGAGGGGAAGGCACAUUUGAGGGCUCAGCCCUUACCGGGGGAAGACUCAGUUAGCUUUAUAGGAGAUCUGCCUGCAUAUGGACUGCAGGAUUGGGUCAGGAGACUUCUACCAUUAAAGCAAAACUGUGGAAUGCACGUAACCAAAUGUCUGUCUAAAGAAGAAUCCUUUUGCAACUUAUGAAAUUAACCUUUCUGAUUCUGUCACUUUAAGAUCUGUUACAUUCAUUCGUCAUAGUGCAGUACUCAAUUUGGCACCAACAAUUAAGGGUCUAAAUAAUUAAAUAUGCUGCCAAACUUGCUUGGUAUAUGGAUGCAUCUGGCUGUAGAAAUAAGACUGUCCAAGCUUGCAUUAGAGACUAGUUCCCCCCGACCACCCACCCACCCCUUUUCUUCUGCAUCUUAGAGAUGAAUAAUUUCUAGACAGCAUGUUUUUCAGACUGUCCCUUCAAGUAUGAACAGCUGAGUAUUAACGGCUUAAAAAGCAGCUUGCAUGUACCCACAAACUCCCCUCCAAAGUAUACUAUGAAUCGUGCCUGUAACAACACUGAGCCUGAGGUAGGGACUCGGCUGAUAGACCAGUAUGAUCCUAAAGAGAACUAACUUGGUCUAGUGCGUAAAUGCAUGUUCUACAAGUUUGAGUAGAUAUUACGUUAGACCAUAGAUCUAACCUCUCCUACCAUUGUACCAUCAGGAUAGCUUCUUUAUGUUGUAAAUGCUACUUUCACCUAACAGGAUUAGCCUAACUGACCCCUCCAGCCAAAAGAUUCAAGAGUCCUGGUUACUGUUGUGCCCAAGAUCACCAAGGUACCAGCUAUUUUGGAACAGUGGCUACCCUUCAGGGCCUGCUUCAAAAGGAGCAGAAACGAGAGUUGCCUGAUUUAACUCCUUAGCUCCUGCAACCUCCUAGUCUUCCAGUAGUAAAGAAAUCAAAGCUUGCCCUGGUAGCUCAGCUGCACUGAAGUCUGGUUUCUAGGCAGAUCCAGGAUGUCUUCCAACACAACUUAACUUUCCUUUCCUUGCCCUGGUUUGAACGGCAGGCACAUCUAGAUGAUCGGAGUGGGCAGCCAGCCUGAAACAGACACAAUGGGAACUCCCAGACCGCUGUGCUCAUUUAAACAUGCUGUUAAUCCUAGUGAACAGAGCAUAAUUUUAUGAAAGUGGCUCGACAGCAUGUAAACCCUGCCUCCCUGGAGAGACCUUGCAUGGCACAGAGGGGUGAAUUAAGCCUGAUUUUUUUUUUUUCCCACCCCUUCUCUGGGUCUUUGUUUUCAUGCUGCUUGUGGUUUGAUAGUCUGGACAAAAAGGACCACUUGGUCUCUUUCAGAGCAAAGAAUGGUCUUCCAGAUCUCUCCGUAACUGCUGGGGUGGGGAGAGAAUAUGCAGAAUUUUGCCAUGUCACAGAACUGCUGCCCAGAGUUUUCAGUGUCCAUGUUGGAAGACAGGCUUCAGGUGAGCUGAUGGGUGGGGGGGGGGGCUAGCCAUGGUGUCAGUGCUCCCUUGCCACCUGUGCCAUGAAUCAGUGUUCGUUUCAGCCCCCUUAUUAAAAAGGCUUUUUCUAAAUACAUGGCCAAAAGCAGCCUAUUAACACAGGCUGCCUGUACUGUCCUCUUCGGAGCAACUUCCAUAGCUGCAUCUCUGAGCCAGAGCUGGUGUCACUAGAGUCUUCAGAGAACUGUGCUUUAAGGAGGAUAGUUUUCAAAAGUAACUUCCCUCCCACCCCAAGUGGCUAGAGCAGAGGAGUCCUGGCUCCCCUUGCCGGAGUCUGUUUCUGACCUUUGACAGGCCCCUGACCACCUCUGUCCCUCAGUUUCUGCAUGGUUAAACAAUGCAUGGAUGUCCUGCCUUCCAGGGGGCUAGGAAUAUUGUGUAUAGGUUUGUAAAGUGCUCAGAGUCUAGGUUUCAUCCCGGGAUACCACUGUAAACCUCUUUCACUCUCCUCUUCCCACCCCCCUUUUUAAAGAGCCGUAAGCCAUGUAAGAGUGCCCACAUUUGGAUAUGUGAUCACUGGGAGGGUGAAUACUAUUCAGUGUGUGGCUACUGUAGUUCUAUUUUAACUCUGCAGUGGUUGCUGCUCAAAUGCAGCAAAGAUACAUGUUGCUAUUAAUACUUUCCCUUCUAACACCUGUCACUGUUACAAUGCAAGUUCUGUGUCCUUAGGCUUACGUUUGAUGUCCACAGAUGCAUGUACCUUAGGAGCAGGGCCUCAGGGGAGGGAAGCUUGCAGAGACAGUUUCUGUAGGAGUUGACUGUGUGGUGUUUUCAUCUUGCCGGUGAGAACAUGAUAUGAGCACAAAGUGGUAGAAUACACACUUGAAAAAUUCUGACACUCAUCUCUUAAUAAACUGGGCUCCUAAUUACAUUCUCCUCCUGUCUCUCUUCAGAUUGCACAGUUAACAACUAAAUGUGUGUUUUUCAAUAAAUGCUUCACAGCUGAAACAGUAAUGCUGAGUCAUUUCAAGCCUCUGAAUCUAGUUCCUCCUCUUCUGUUUAUGAGCUGAUAAGUAAUGUGGGCAUGGUGGACUUUGUCUCCUCUUGAAUUUGAGUUAAUUUUUUGCUUGCCAUCCAGUGCAGUCACAUGAUGAAAGUAUUUUAAAGUGACGUGACUUAAAUUUAGGGAUGAGUGACUUUUACACACUCUAAAAAGUGACAUAUAAAUGUCUAAUUACUGCAGUUUCUGAAACAAAGAUUUCCCAACUGUCUCUGAAACCUGUACAUUUUCAAUUAACAAAGAAAAACAGUUUGAGCUUUAUUACUGCAAAGUGGAGAGAAGAGUAAACCGAGCAUCACUAGGGGCAGUAAUCUAAAGGGAAAGAAUGAAAAUGUAAAUAUUUUAUGUAUUACUAAGGGUUGUUCCUUUAAAAUGGAAAUCAAAAGACAGCCCUGAAACACACUAUGCCCUUUGAGCCUUUGGUCUUGGCAUUUCUGUUAGAAGAAGAGUCUCUCUUUAACAUGGAGGAAGGAGAGAACACACAAUUACAGUUUGGGGGGAUGGAGAGAAGCUGGAAGUUCUGCAUCAUCUGCUACCAAGCAAGACCCAAACCACCUUAUUCAAUAUAGUUGGGAAAGUUAGCAACACUAAACAGAUGUGAAGCAAAAGACAGACCACAAUCAAACUAUAGUUCAUGGUUUGUGGGGGCUGCCUCAUGAUUUUUGAACACUUAGGGUUGGCAACAGAGCAGAUGCACUUAGUCAAAUGUUCUUUCUGGUCUGCCCUGGCUCUCCACUUACAAAUUAAACUACAUAACAGCAAACUGCUCCCUGCAGAGCUGUUAUCUACAGCAUCCUGAAGAGGGGGAAUGGAGGCAUAGAGGCUUAAACUCAGCCCUGGGGGAAAUUGUCCAAUCUCCACUGCAUCCAAAGGAGAUUCUACCUGCUUAUGAGGGCUGCACUGGGUCCGGAACAGUUGGUGACUUGUCUUCAAUCACACAGUAAAUCAUUAGCAUAAAUGAGAUUAGAAUUUGGGAGUGCUGGCAUCUAACCCCUCCCUCACACAAUAUGGCUUAUCCUUUGUUUGCUAUUUCCCAGCAGUGAGGUUAAUACACAAUCAGGACAUCAAAAAGUCCAAGAAUUCUGUACCAGCUAUAAUAAACAGGAAGACACAGAGAUGUAUGAAUUUAAAAUUCAUAAUCAGCCCUCAGUUUAAUUAUAGUAGCAAAGGAAGCAAUUUUUAAAAAUCUAAUUAAAAGAAACAACCACUCAUCCACUUUAAAGUACCAUGAUUGUUACAAGACAGCUGCUUUGCUGGACCUCAGGCAGGGCCAGAUUAUAACAUUCUGAGGCCCUAAACUGUGUCAUGUGUAAGAGGCCCCAUAACAUUAAAAAAAAGAAUUUAUUAUUUUCACAGGAAGGACAUUGAAUUUAUAAACACAAAAGCUUUAUAUUUGCAUAUAUACAAAGGCAAAGUUGUAAAAAUGGAAUGAUCAUUUUCAGCAGCCCUCUCUAAUGUUGACAUCACAACAGAAAUUUUAGACAAAUUCUUUGAACUAAUUGUGGACAUAAGUAAAGAAGAAGUAAACAAUACAGUAAAUAAUACAAUUUACUAGAAGAGUUCUCAGAAAAUUUUUCUUCUAUGAUGGGGCAUCUAAAUUGUGGCAUUCCUGGUCCGAAUACGCAAUGAGACUCUUAGAGGAUAUAGGAUGUGGAUAACCCACAAGCUUAAAGCUCAACUAUUAGUUAUAUUGAUAUGAAUUACACCCAGGUAAUAAGCAAACCAUCGAAAAUUGUAUAUGGGUUGUAUUUUUCCAAUAAAUUGAUUUGUUUUGUUUUUAUGAAGGGUUAUGCUGAAUUACCUAAUAUUGGUACUAAAAUUAGUAGCAGAAAGUUUUUAUUGAAACCAGUAAAAAAAAAUUAUAGAUUUAUAUAUAUCUGUACCACAACAAAUUAUAUGCCAAAAGCCUGUGUUGUUUUACCAGGAUACUUGUUGGUCUCUAAGGUGCCAGAAGGACUCCUCGUUUGUUUUUACUGAUACCAACUAACCCAGCUACCACUGAAACCAGGAUAUUUCUGUGAAAAUUAGUGCUAUUUUGUCUCUGUUCUCACAGGAAAACAAGAGGAUAUAUCAUUUUGUUUACACCAUGAAUAAGGAAAAUUAUCCUUUUAAUAUGAAUAAAU